AUGGCCUACUCAGGCGUUGCCCCCAAUGCCGGUGUUUCUGAGCCCGACGCUCAGGUCGACGUCACUUGCGGCCCCCUGUUGAACUUCAAGAACAUGGAUGUUACGCCCUCUUCGUCCAUUUGGCGCGGAAGCGUCCUGAUUGUCACAAAGCCCGGCCAGUCCCAACCUCGACUAUUCCUACGCCAAGCCGGUCCUGUUGCCCCCGACCCAGCACUCAUAGAGGCUGUCGCAAACACCCAGGGCGUUGCGAUUGACGGCCAGCGCCUUUUUGAAGACCCCAAGAAAGCCUUCUGGCGCUUCUCUCUCACAUUACCUCUGGAAGACUACGAGGUGCGAUGGUCAUACACUAUUCCUGGUCUCCGCUAUGUCGAGAGUGGUGAGAUCCAUUCGCCUUGGGACUUCGUCGUGCCUUCGCGCACCCAGUCCAUGCGCCUCAUGUUCCAUUCCUGCAAUGGCUUCUCCGUGGGCACGGACAUGGACGCCUGGGUCGGUCCAAAUUUGUGGAGUGACGUAUUACGUGUGCACGCGCGGAAGCCUUUCCACGUUAUGAUUGGUGGUGGCGACCAGAUCUAUAAUGACGGUAUCCGCGUUGACGGUCCGCUGAAGGAAUGGACCUCCAUAUCCAACCCGCACAAAAGGCGCACGCACUCCUUUGACAAUGACAUGCGGGCUAGGUGCGAUGAGUACUACUUUGCGAACUAUGUCCGGUGGUACUCUACUGAGCCCUUCAAAGAGGCGAACGGACGGAUCCCUCAGAUCAAUAUCUGGGACGACCACGAUAUCAUUGACGGGUUCGGCUCUUACACUGACCACUUCAUGAAGUGCUCCGUCUUCCGUGGCAUCGGUGGAGUUGCGUUCAAAUACUAUUGUUUGUUCCAACAUCACAUUCCGCCACCCAAAUCUACCUACACCACCGAUGCUCCGCAAACUAUGCAAGCUGUCAACGGUACUGCAGGCGCCGAUCCCCGACAGUUGGAGAACACCUUUGUGCUUGAGAACGAGGCAGAUGAUAACAGCUGGAUCAUUGGCAAGCGCCCUGGCCCGUACGUUGAGGAGAAGAGUCGGAAUCUGUACAUGCGUCUUGGGAAACGCAUGGCCUUCAUCGGUGUGGAUGCGCGUACAGAACGUACCCGCCACCAGGUAAAUUAUCCGGACACCUACGACCUUAUUUUCUCUAGGCUAGAACAAGAGGUUUCGGCCGCACAUGGCGAUAUUAAACACCUGGUCGUGCUUUUAGGUGUCCCAAUAGCUUACCCACGCCUGGCAUGGCUCGAGAAUAUUCUAAGCUCACCUAUCAUUGCUCCCAUUCGAUUAUUGAACAAGCGAUUUGGGCUUGCCGGUGGUCUCUUCAAUCAAUUUGAUGGCCAGGUGGAUCUACUGGAUGAUCUUGAUGACCACUACACAGCCCGCCAGCAUAAGCGGGAGCGCAGACAAUUCAUCCAACGCCUUCAGGAGUUCUCCAAGAACCAUUCCGUCCGCAUAACAAUCCUGGGAGGUGACGUGCACUUGGCGGCCGUCGGGCGAUUCUACGCAAACCCUAAGCUGGGUAUUCAUAGUGAGAAUGACCCUCGGUACAUGGUGAACGUUGUCAGUAGCGCCAUCACCAACAAGCCACCUCCAAAGGCUGUUGCAAACCUUCUGGCUCGGAGAAAUAAGAUUCACCACCUGGAUCCAAAUACCGAUGAAACACUGAUGGACUUCAUCGAUGGUCAACCAGGAGGAGUAGAGAAGAGUGCCUCUUGGAACAAGGUCACCAUGCCCUCUCGCAACUAUGCCUGCAUAACAGAAAUUGAGACGCCCUCCACCAAUGGGGAUGCGGCACAGCAAACCGCCGAGCGACUCCCAAUUCCUAAGGAUGGACAUUCUCCGUUGCACAAAGGUGAGUCGACGGCCGGUUCCGCUCACCCGGCCGCGGACGGUGUUGGCAGCACAGGCGAUAUGCAUGGCGGACUGAACAUUGCCAUCCGCGUGGAAAUCAGCCCUCAAAACAGAGAAGGGGCUGCUCAUGGCUACGGAUUUAGCGUUCCUUCCUUGUCGUACGUUCGAUCAGAAGCCGAUGAACGACCACAAUCUCGUUCGCGCUCCCUCUAUGCAGCAGCAGCGUCCCUCCGUGGCCAUUCCCGCCAGCGGGAAGAGCGCCCCCAGACUUCGGCUUGA